GCGUUUCCAUGGCAAAUAAUUGGACUAAAACUAUUGUCUUAUCCCCGCCAUCCCCGGCUCGGAUAACCAGCCAAUCACAGCCCGCAUAAUCGCUUUUCUUGCCAGCUUAGAAUAAUAUUAUUAAACGAAGAGAGCGAGCACCGUCUGCGGGAGUGCGCGAUGGUGAAACGGUGCGGAAAAGGGUACUGAGCGGCUCGCGCAGGAGGGGAACACAACUUUUCUCUCCGUACUACUUUUUGCUUUUUCGCCGUUGAUGGAUAUACGGGAGCUCACGGGAGCUCAAGCCGAUCUGAAGUUUCUUCAAGGGUGCCUUUUCGAUUGAACUUGGAAACUUUUGGAGUGUCGUAUUUUUUUUCACUCGCGUUCUCGAGACGCCUUUCAUGGACUCGCGCCGUGUUGCGCUAGGGGCUAGCUGGUCGAGGCUGUUGGUACUGACUCAGGGCGAGCGCGCUCACAGCAGCACAGAGAGAGGGCUGUCCGUCCGCGCGGAGCCAUGUCCAUGUUGCCGACCUUCGGCUUCACGCAGGAGCAAGUGGCGUGUGUGUGCGAGGUGCUCCAGCAGGGGGGCAACAUCGAGCGCCUGGGUCGUUUUCUUUGGUCGCUGCCGGCUUGCGAGCACCUCCACAAAAAUGAGUCGGUGCUCAAGGCUAAGGCUGUGGUGGCCUUUCACCGUGGCAACUUUAGGGAACUUUACAAGAUCCUGGAGAGCCACCAGUUCUCGCCGCACAACCACCCCAAGCUGCAGCAACUGUGGCUCAAAGCGCACUACAUCGAGGCGGAGAAGCUUAGGGGGCGGCCGCUCGGCGCCGUGGGCAAGUAUCGCGUGCGCAGGAAGUUUCCGCUACCACGCUCCAUCUGGGACGGCGAGGAGACGAGCUACUGCUUCAAGGAGAAGAGCCGUAGCGUGCUGAGGGAGUGGUAUACGCACAACCCGUACCCGUCCCCGCGCGAGAAGCGCGAGCUUGCCGAGGCCACGGGGCUCACCACUACGCAGGUCAGCAACUGGUUCAAGAACCGAAGGCAACGCGACCGGGCGGCCGAGGCCAAAGAAAGGGAGAAUAACGAGAACUCCAAUACGAACAGCCACAACCCGCUGGCCACGUCAAUGAAUGGAAAUAAGACUCUUUUGGGGAGCUCAGACGACGACAAAACUCCAUCUGGCACACCGGAUCAUACGUCGUCCAGCCCCGCGUUGCUGCUUACGUCCGGCCCUGGUCUACAGUCUCUGCACGGCCUGGCGCCUCCACCUGCGCCCAGCGCGGUUCCCGUGGCCAGCGCGGAUUCCGUGCACCAUCACCACACCUUACACGACACCAUACUGAACCCCAUGUCGUCAAACUUGGUCGAUCUUGGUUCUUAAAGUAAAAAAGAAACUCUUACGUGGAGAACAGUGAAGAAUCUUGAGGCAAAGAUGACUGUAGGUGGACGACUGCAAAACAUCUCCAGACUUUUGUGGAGCGAUUAAUACAGCAAAAACAAAGAGAGCGAGAUAAAGAGUGAGAGAAGGUGUUGGACAGAAUAAUUUGUGGAUGGUAUUUUGGAAUGGUCUACACUCAAAGCCAAUGAAAACGUCCUCGAUAAGGUAUUUUUCUAGAAUGUAGCCUAACGCUUUGAUCUGUUGUGCAAAGCAACAGAGCUUCAAAAAGGUCUUAAAACUUUUUUGUUGUCGUCGUUGUUGUUUAGAGACCCGUUGAACUCUCAGUCGUAUACCCCAUUUGUUUACAUUCUCUUUCCAUUUUCUUUUUUUAAGGCCAUAGUAAGUUGCAUUUUGAUGGGGUCUUAUGAAGUGUUUUUUAUUACCAGUGCAGAGGUUAUAAAAUUUAUCUCUUCUUCUUUUCAUUUGUAUUUUUUUUGGAAAGUGACUGCAUGUAAACUUUGCGAUCAGUAAUAAAAUAUAAGCGCAAUCCCACCAUAGUUUCAUAUAGCGUUUACAAUAAAAGUUAAAAUGCAUUUA